AUGCCAUUCACCACUGGAGAAGAGAACUUGCUCCGGCUGAACCAAAAGGAUUUUGACUUCAAUAUCCAAUUCGAGCAGUUGUUCUUCUCCAUUAUUCCGUCCGCUUUGUUUAUCGUAACAUCAGUAUGGCGGACACUUUCCCAGGCACGCAAGCCCACCGUGGUGAAUGCUCCGAUUUUCCAGUUGAUAAAAUUGGGUGCUAUAACAACCUAUGUUGGACUUGAGCUUUCACUCCUCAUCUUAGUUGCGACUGGGUCUUUCCAUGUGACCAACAUGUUUAUAGCUUCCUCGGUCCUCAACCUUGUCUCAGCCCUACUCAUGAUCAUGCUGAGUGUCGUAGAUCACAGCAAAAGCCCGAGGCCGUCUGUACUGUUGAGCAGCUACUUGUUCCUGACCCUUUUCCUGGAUGUGGCCCAGGCAAGAACGCUGUUUUUGUCAUCAGAUGACAAGCCUGAACUCACCUAUAGCAGCAUCUUCGUCACUGCUAUAGCCCUGAAGACCGGAAUAUUGCUACUGGAAGCCCAGAAAAAGUCCAUAUGGGUGGGCUGGGACGAGAAGGAGCAUAGCCCAGAGGAGACGAGUGGCAUAUUCUCCUUAGGAGUCUUCUAUUGGCUCAACAAGAUGUUCCUGGUUGGCUACAACAAAAUCUUGGCGAUUGGGGAUCUUUACCCGCUGGAUAGCUCCUUUACCGCCAGUUUGCUUCACGAUGAGUUUUUGAGGAACGUGGAUUACUCUAAAUUCAAGGGCGACAAAUUUGCGCUGGCGAAGGCGCUUAUGCGUACACUAAAAGCUCCUCUUUUACUUCCCAUACCUCCACGGUUGGCACUUCUUUGUUUCACAUUUUGUCAACCGCUUUUUCUUGAAAAGUUGUUGGACUACCUAUCCCAGUCUGAACUUGAUGGGAACAUGGGGUACGGGUUUAUUGGUGCUAGCGUGCUUAUCUACUCGGGACUUGCUAUAUCAACGGGAUUUUACUGGUACUUCCAUCACCGAAUGCGUACCAUGGCUAGGUCAAUACUAGUCAGAGAGAUUUUCAUUACAGCCACAAAAGCUCGUAUCGGAACUGCCGAUGACAGCGCUGCGCUGACUUUAAUGAGCACAGACAUGGAGCGAAUCAAGACAGGUUUCAGAAGUUUGCACGAGAUUUGGGCGUGCCUAAUUCAAGCAGCUCUUGCGGGGUGGAUGUUAUACAACAGAAUUGGCGUGGUGUUCGUCGCACCAAUGGGAGUUGUUAUAGUCUGCUUCAUCGGCUUGGCGAUUCUAAUAAAUUUCACCGGGGAUUCGCAGAGGUCCUGGAUGGCAGGCGUGCAGAAGCGGGUGGGCUUAACCGCCACAGUCAUUGCCAGUAUGAAGAACUUGAAGAUAUCUGGCCUCUCUGUCGCCAUUGGCGACUUCGUGCAAAAACUUCGUGUGGAGGAGCUAGCAGCUGGAGGCCGAUUCCGCAAAAUUGGCAUUAUUGCAGCAGUUCUUGGCUUUCUCCCGCUGUUGAUCGGCCCACCAUUAGCAUUUGCAUUUACCCAAACAAGUUUCGAUGCCUCGAGGAUGUUCACCAGUCUUUCUUUCCUUACACUGUUGACCAAUCCGUUGUCGCAGGUCUUCCAAUCUAUUCCUGAUCUUGUCUCCGGAUUGGCGUGCCUGGGUCGAAUUCAGGCCUUCUUGGAGUGCGAGACUCGGCAGGACUUUCGCAAUGUUCUUGAUGAUAUGAGACAGACUGUUGAAAAGACUGGCCCUGAUACUGGAACCUUGUCUGAUUUCAAAUCGGACUUGGCGCACCCUGUCGUCAUCAAGAGUGGAAAUUUUGGUUGGGAGGCAGACAAGUUCGUGCUGAAGAAUGUUAAUACUCGAGUACCUAAAUCCUCACUCACUAUUGUCGUUGGACCUGUUGGAUCUGGGAAGACAACGCUGUGCAAGGCACUACUUGGAGAAAUCCCUUUUAGCGAAGGGAGCGUGGCUUUAGGAACUAGCUUUCCUCACGUUGGAUUCUGCGACCAAAUAGCAUUCCUCUCUAACGGAUCGAUUAGAGAGAACAUCAUGGGAUUCUCUCCACCUGACAACAAGAGGUAUACUGAGGUUAUCGAGGCUACCUCUCUGAGCUUUGACUUUGCCACACUGCCACAAGGAGACCGAACAAAUGUCGGUUCAGAUGGAAUCGUCUUAUCCGGAGGCCAGAAACAACGGGUUUCUCUUGCGCGAGCUCUAUAUUUGCACUCUGAUCUUCUAGUGCUAGACGACGUCUUCAGCGGGCUGGAUGCGGAUACUGAGGAGAAGGUCUUCCAGCAAGUCUUCGGGCCGGAUGGACUACUCAAGCAACGAGGCUCCACAGUCGUAUUAUGCACCCACAGUAUCAGACACCUCCCCGCGGCGGAUCAUGUGAUAGCGCUCGGCAAUGGCACCAUUGUCGAGCAAGGUAGCUUUCACAAAUUGAUGAACAGUCAGGGAUAUGUUCAACGUCUGGGGUUGAAGAGCUCUUCUGAUAACGCUGCCCCUACCGAGGAAACGACUUCAGAAAGGAGAGCGCAGGAAUCGAAGCCGCAAAUGCUACACACGACGAUAACUAAUACAUCAUUCAUCCCACCUGAUACGGAUUCGUCGCGACAAGUUGGCGAUAAAACGGUAUACAAGCAUUAUUUUAAGAGCAUGGGAUUAUUCCUGGCAGCGUGCAGUCUGCUUUUUAGUGUUCUUUGGGGUUUCUUCACAAACUUCCCAACAAUCUGGCUUACAUACUGGACCGAUGACAUCUCCUCGGAGCAUCCAGUACAUUCUUACGCCUACUACGCCGGUAUAUACGCUUUGCUCCAAAUCUGCGCCUUGAUCUCGCUGCUUCUCCUCGGAAUCUCGCUAUUCAUCGUCUCCGUGAGAAGAGCAGGUGCUAGUCUCCACCAGGAUGCCUUACGAACACUCAUUCACGCACCGCUAUAUUUCUUCACCAAGACGGAUACUGGUGUCGUCACAAAUCUGUUCUCGCAAGACCUGAAUCUUAUAGACACAGAGCUGCCAGAAGCAACUCUGAAUACUCUGUUUUGCUUCUUCCAAGCACUCGGACAAGCCGCAGUUAUGCUUACGUCGUCUGUUUACCUGGCCAUAAGCUACCCGUUUCUCGUCGGCCUACUGUAUAUCUUGCAGAAAUUCUACCUUCGGACUUCCAGGCAGCUGAGGUUGCUUGACCUUGAGGCUAAAAGUCCCUUGUAUACACAUUUUCUUGACACUGUUAAGGGAAUUACCACUCUGAGAGCUUUCGGUUUCCUUCCUGACGAUGUUGACAAGAAUACACGCCUAAUUGAUGCCAGUCAACGACCCGCAUACCUCCUCCUGAUGAUUCAACAGUGGCUGAACCUCGUUCUCGACAUCGUAGUCAUGGUCAUCGCAGUGGUAAUAACAACUCUUGCCGUUCGUCUUCACUCUAACUCUGCUUUCGCUGGUGCCUCCUUAUUUUCCGUCAUGAGUUUCGGAGAAAUCAUGUCAGGCAUUGUCACAUACUACACCAAGCUAGAAACUUCUAUUGGAGCGAUCGCCCGUCUCAAGGUGUUUAGUGAAGACGUCAAGCCCGAGGAUAGAGACGAAGAGGACAUUGUUCCUCCUACACUAUGGCCUCAAAAUGGUGUGGUGGAGUUGAAGGGCGUAUCCGCGAGUUAUGGCACAGAGAAUGAGAUCGAUAGCACGGCCAACUUAGCCCUCCGCAACAUCAACCUCACUGUCAACACAGGCGAGAAAGUCGCCAUCUGCGGUCGUACCGGCAGCGGCAAGUCCACCCUCAUCGCUCUCCUCCUCAAGCUCCUGGAUCCCACCCCCGAGACAGCUGGGAACGCAAUCAUCGAUAAUAUGCCGCUCCACCGGUUAAACCGGACUGCACUCCGUGAGUGCAUAAUCGCUGUACCCCAGGAAGCAGUUUUUCUACCCGAUGGGUCCACAUUCCGAGCGAACCUAGAUCCGUCCGACGUUUCAACCCCCGAGGAAUGCGAAGCUGUGCUUGUCGCCGUGGACCUGUGGAAGUUUGUCCAGGAACGGGGUGGCCUAGAGGAAGGUAUGAGCGCGGGGACGCUCAGCGCUGGACAAAGGCAACUCAUGUCGCUUGGGCGUGCGCUAUUGAGACGUUUUGUUCGGGCGCGAAAUGGCUCGGACUGCGGUAUACUGUUGUUGGAUGAAGUGAGCUCGAGUGUUGACCGCGAGACGGAACGUGUCAUGCAGGAGAUUAUCAGGGUGCAGUUCAAGAACUACACAGUUCUAGCGGUCAGUCAUCGGCUGGAUAUGAUUAUGGACUUUGACAGGGUUGUUGUUAUGGACACGGGGGAGAUUGUGGAGGUUGGAAAUCCUAUGGUGCUGGCUGGACAGGCGGAGACGAGGUUUGGGGAUCUAGUCCGGGCUGGGGCUCAAUAG